AGAAAGAGAACAUUCCAAAACAGCAAAACGCCAGCAGCUCACAUCCUGAGGAAACAACAGUCACUUCCUGCCAAAUUAAGCCAAGUCGAGGGCUCUGCUCGCUGUGAUAACCAGCGGCCAGGCGUCCCACUCUGUGGCCGAGGUAGAGCACCUCCCCUGUCCUCUCCCUCCUCCCCUCUCACCACUGCCCCCCAGUCAGUCCUCAGCCUCCUAACCUCCAGUCACUCCAGUCGCAUCAGCCCAGGACAGCCACCACCAAUGUGGGAGCCUCAGCAGCCCUCAGUCAGGAUGGUCACCCGACUACUACUGCUAACCUCCGUACUCUUCUCCACCUGCCAGGUGGCGGAAUCACACGCAUUGUUCACAGGUGUCACCCUGACUCUCGAGCCCAGCAACGCCGUCUCCCAGGGUACCAACGUGACGGUACGCUGCCAGGCCUUGGUCAGCAGCGCUGGGUUCCUGAACAGUAAAUACACCAUCUACAAGGACAACACCGAGGUGCACACGGAGAGCAUCACCACCGCCGCAGACAACCUAAUCUACUCUCUGCGCAUGGCCAGAGUGGCCAACACUGGGAAGUACAAAUGCAAGGUGAACAUAAAUGACAAGGAGCUAAGCAGCAAGUCUGAGAAACUGACUGUGACAGGCCUGCAGACGCCAGUCCUCAGCGUCAACAAGCAUGUGUUCAGCGAGGGAGAGGAGGUGACCGUUUGGUGUAAGGCCCCUGAGGAGUCCGGCACUAUCGUCUUCUACUUCUACGAUGAUUCCAAAGAACUCUAUGAGGAGAGGGUCAACGCCAACCAUGUAGAGACGAGGCUGCGAUUCAACGCUGGAGACCACAGGCUGCACUGUGACUACAGGGUCAUACUGCUGCCAGACUCGGUCCCGUCCAAUGCCAGCAACAAUGUGGUGGUCACUGUAAAAGGGCUGUUCAUCACACCUAUAAUCUCUGUCCGACCACACGGAUCAAUGAUCAUCGAAGGGGACAAUCUGGACAUCUCCUGCAGUGUCAGUGGUAACCUCCAGAACAGCUCUGGGCUCAAAGUCUACCUGACCAAGGGAUCGAAUCUGCUGAGUACUGGUCAAAGUAAAGCCAACCACAGCAUUAGAGCCCUGGCCAACCACUCUGGGGUGUUUCAGUGCACUUUGGAGAUGGGAAAUGUAAUCAAGCAAGCGACGGAAAACGUGAUGAUUACAGAACUGUUUUCCCAGCCAGUUCUGACCAUGUAUCCGACAGAGGUCUUUGAAAGGGAGAAAAUCACGUUAACCUGCAAGAGUACCAACUACUCCUCUGACAGAAUCAGCGCUUCGGAUGUGAAAUACUCCAUUUACAAGGACAAUUACACACUAACGCCGGGCAGCUUCAAUGGGAUAUAUGUUGUCCCCGUGGCGGUACGGAACUCGAGUGGGAUUUAUUCAUGUAAAGCAGAUGCCAGGAUGAUCUCCAAGUACAGUGCAGAGCUGCCUGUCCAAGCAAAAGUUCCUGUCAGUAAACCGGAGAUAACAGCCAUUAGCAGAGUGAUCGUGGGAAAGCCCUUCAAGGUGAGAUGUCACUCAGACCGAGGCAGCCUACCCAUCGAGUACACCUUGUGGAAGAAGUAUUCUAAGGUUAACUCGACUACCGUGCAGCAGCCACACCAUCAGGCCAUCUUCCCUAUCACCAUCCAGCACUACAGCGACACGCAGGACUAUAAAUGCGAGGCGCGGAACAACCCCAAAAUCGACGUGGUGGUCAGCAACAAACUCAACACCACAGUCACAGUGCCUCUGUCCAAUCCAGGACUCAGCGUCGUCCCAGACCUGUUGGAGGUCACAGAGGGAAAUGAGAUGUACCUGAUCUGUGGGGUGGAAGGUUCCCCGCCCGUCACCUUUAAGUGGUACCGACGUGGGAACGUCCAGCCGCUGUUCACCACCACCUCAACCCAAUCCAGCGCGUCCCACCAGAUCAAGCAAGUGGGGAACGAGCACAGUGGCACCUACUACUGCGAGGCUAUCAACUACGCUAACACGGUCCAGAGUCAGCCAGUCACCGUAGAUGUGAAGAUGGCAAUGUGGAAGAAAGGUUUGAUCGUGGCCUGCUGUCUGCUAGUGGUGGCUGUCCUAGUCCUCGCCUGCGUGCUGCGCUACAAUUCCAAGAGAGGUAAAAGAGAGAACGCAGCUGAACUGUCAGUAAAGCCUUCGAGCCCUAAAUCAGAUGACUCUCUAACAGUGAGUCUUACCCACAGCACUAUGGAGGUUUAUAACCCGCCCGAAGUUGGAGUGGAUGCUGCUGUAAGUGUCUGGAGCGAGAGGCCGGUAGACCCAGGCAGUGACGGGGAGAGCAGUGCAGCGUCUAAUAAUGAGCCUGAUGUGGAGUACACUGAAGUGGUACACCGUCAACCUGUGGACCCUGCCAGAGUUCCCCUGAGAAAAGGCACAGAAACGGUGUACAGUGAAGUCCAGAACUCCCCAACAGGUGCACCUGGUGACCAUUAUGACUAUGGUUCAGUGGAGUACGCCGAUCUCAACGGUGACCAACCGGAGGUCAACCAGGCCCUGCUGGAGGUCAAUCACCAGGACCACCAUGACCUCCCAGUGCCUGUGGAGUAAAGAUUACCUCUGAUCCCUCGUACUAGGACCACAAACUAAAUUAUCCCCACCUCUGCCCCCGACCGUAACCACAGUCCUUAUUUCAAUAUUGUUCUUGUAUUCUGUACAUUUUCCCAAUAAGGAAAAGUGUUGACUCAUGUAAGCUGUAGGUAUUUUGCAUAAUUUUAUAGACAAAUAAAAUCACAAAUCCAAAUUAGGACUUACUGUAUAGUUCUGUCA